UCUUCAACAUUCUGUGACAUUGUCUGAACUAUGUUAGUGCUCUGAAGGGCAGCCCCUUCAGUGACCCUGACCCUGCUGAGUUUUCAAUGAGUUUGCAUCAGAGGGGAGGAGGAGUAAAGGCAGCACACGUUGCACAGCUUGGAUAGGAAGGCGCAGCGCAACAAGACCCUCAGCUAACACACACACACACACACAAUCUCUUCACAUGCCCUGCUGAAACAUGACACCUUUCCUCGGUGUCAGCGUCUUCCUUGCUGCUCUCACCUACAUCACCUACAAGCUGCUCAGCGAUUACUUGCACAAAUGGUUCCAGAUGAAGCCAAUCCCCGAGUUGGAGGCAACGUACCCCUUCGUCGGAAACGCACUGGAGUUCAAAACCAGCUCGGGAGAUUUCUUUCGCCAAAUUGAGGAUAUGACCCGCGAGUUCUACAACAAACCUCUGUUUAAGCUCUGGAUUGGAACGGUGCCAUUUGUGAUCCUGUUUCACGCUGACACUGUUGAGGUAUUUCUGAAUAACUCUACUCAUUUGGACAAAGCUUAUUCAUACAGCUUCCUCCACCCUUGGCUUGGAACUGGUCUUCUUACUAGCACCGGGCAGAAGUGGCGUCAGCGGCGGAAGAUGUUGACACCCACCUUCCACUUCUCUAUCCUGACGGACUUCUUGGAGGUGAUGAACGAGCAGGCGGAGAUCCUGGUGAAGAAGCUGGAGAAACAGGCAGGGAAAGGUUCCUUCAACUGCUUCAGUCACGUCACUCUCUGCGCUCUGGACAUCAUCUGUGAAACUGCAAUGGGAAAGAAAAUCUAUGCCCAGAGUGACUCAAAUUCAGAAUACGUUGAAAGUGUGUACAAAAUGAGUGACAUUAUCAGCCGCAGACAGAGGAAACCUUGGUUUUGGUCUGACAUCGUGUACAACUACUUUGGUGAGGGUCGGGAGCACGACAAGACACUCAAGGUUCUGCACUCUUUUACAUACAACGUGAUCCAUGAAAGAGCGGGGGAAAUUUCCUCUACUGUAUCAAACAGCGAAUCUGAGAACGGCAAAAAGAAACGACAGGCAUUCUUGGACAUGCUCUUGAAGACUACAGAUGAGGACGGCAACAAAAUGAGCCACCAGGACAUUCAAGAGGAAGUGGACACCUUUAUGUUCAGGGGUCAUGACACCACAGCCGCCUCUAUGAACUGGUGCCUACAUCUGCUGGGCUCCCACCCUGAGGUGCUCAGCAAAGUUCAACAAGAGCUUCAGGAGGUGUUCGGUACAUCUGACCGGCCCGCUAACACCGAGGACCUGAAGAAGCUGAAAUACCUGGAGUGUGUGAUCAAGGAGACCCUGCGACUGUUUCCCUCUGUGCCUUUCUUUGCCCGCCGCAUCUGUGAGGACUGCCACAUCAAUGGUUUCAAGAUUCCCAAAGGGGCCAACACAGUCAUCGUCACAUACGCUCUUCACCGAGACCCACGAUACUUCCCUGAACCCGAAGAGUUCAGGCCCGAACGUUUUUUCCCUGAGAAUUCGGUCGGAAGGCCUCCAUAUGCGUACAUCCCCUUCUCCGCUGGACUCCGCAACUGUAUAGGUCAGCGUUUUGCACUGAUGGAGGAGAAGGUGGUUAUGUCGUCCAUUCUGCGCCACUUCAGUGUGGAAGCUUGCCAGAAACGAGAAGAGCUGCGGCCGGUGGGCGAGCUGAUCCUCCGACCAGAGAACGGCAUCUGGAUCAAACUGGAGAAGAGGACGAGUCCGACCUCAUCAAACUAGAGCCUCAGCCUCAGUUUAUUUACAGUUCAUCCUCUCAGACUCUAAUGGUGGUGAUGUUUUUUUUCUCAUCAUUGUCAUUACAAUCACAAAAACUAAGCCUUAUAAAAAUAUACAGAGAUGUGUCUGUUUAUUUCUUUAUAUUCUGAUUAGAUCAUUCAUCCACAGGGACCUUCUCACUGUGUAUUUUUAUUUCCCUGUUUUUGUGCGAGUCUGAUUGUUUAGAACAGUUUGUGUAACUGAAGAAAUGGGCACAUUGAAGAAAUUGUUUUUUCACCAAUGUAAACCUGCUCCACACAAUAAAAUGUUGGAGACACUUUAAUUAAAAACUUUAAC